AUGCCGCGUCGGCAGCAAGAAGGCAUUUUCCGUGACGCGGAUGAAACCAAGUACGAGCCCGAUGACGAUCCGGAGAUUCAGGAGGUGCACGCAGUCCGGCAGGAGGACAAGCUGCAGCAUGAGAAAGCCCGGAAGUUCCGCGAAGAUGCCAUGGUCAUCGUGGGCGCCUGGCGCACGAGUGAGGACCCGGUCUGGAACCGGGUGUACUACUACAACCCCUACACAAAAAACGCCACUUUCGACGUGUAUGAGGUGCUGGCUUCGGGCGGAAUGGAGGAUCUGCUGCGGAAUUUGGAAUGGACCCUGUGCAUCCUGGAUCCCAAGGACUACCCAAGGCUGUACGACUUGGAGAAUUGGGUGAUGGAUUAUCAACAGAAAAAACACCUAUAAUCCCCAUCUACUUUGUCAUGCAAAAAAGGCAUAAAGUCCUGUGCUUGUCAUGCAAAACAGGCAUGAAAUCCUGUGCUUGUCAUGCAAAAAAUGGAUGGGGACGUGGUUUUUUUCCUCGGGAUACGGACCUGUAUGACAACAGCAAGUGUGCGGGCAAGUCCUGCGGGUUCGUGUAUUGAGAGGAAAAAUCUCCCCUCCCCAUAUCGAAAAGGUAUGUUUCCAAAAAUUUGUGUUGCGGAUUUGAGGUCACAAAUCACAUCUGUCUUGCAAGAAGGCAAACGCAAAGAAUCCGCCGCCUUAUGGAGGCGAUUUGUAAUGCUGCUUCACCUACAUGGCCGGCCUCUCUUAUGCCAAGCGCCUACAACAAAACACCCCUACGCAGGCUGAGGCUUUGCCUGUAGUGCCUCGCUGCAAGACAGGGCUGAUUUGUGUACACAAAUCCAGCAGCAGAAGUUUCCGCUUCAAUAUGGGGAGGGGGGAUUUUUCAUUUUGAUAUCGUGGAGAAGGGAUCCGUGCUGGUCGUGAUUCGGACCCAGUUCGACAGCAAAAAGGGCAUCCAAAUCGCCCAGAUCGUCAAUCCCUUGAACCCGCGGAAAUUCGUGUACGCGAAAAUUGGGGAAGGCUCGGAAUUGAGCUACUUGCGGCCGAUAAUUGGGGUUCGGAACGACAGGAGAGAGGCGAUGAUGGACGACGCUGGAAUCGACCCGGAGAGCUCGAUGCGACGGAUCGAUUCUAUGAUGAAUCGCGUUGGCGAUAAAAUCGACCCGAAUGACCCCUACAACGUACUACCUUCAUCUAUUUGUGGUCCAGCAAUAAACAGGUUGCCUGUUGUAAUAUGUCCGCAUACUGGUCCCGCUCUUUUGGUUGUAGUAGCCGGCGGCCUGCUGCUUUUUCUGUUGCGUGCUACAGUUCUGAUGUUCGCUACAAUAACGUCAAAUACAGGUUGUCGCCUACUUGGAGCCCGAAGCCCGGUACUACGUGUGCACGCAAAACCGGUCGGAAAAUUUGGUUCGGCGCGGGGGUUGGUACCAGUCGCGGGCCGAAAGAGACUAUCCUUUGCAAAAGUCGCACUGUGGUCGUAGUAUGUAGAAGGCAUUGGAAAUCGCACGUUGUGAGCGAUCUUUCAUCUUACUUGAUCAAAUUUCAACGCAAUUCAUAGUGCGAUACGACUCAAACUCAAUGUGUUACUUUUGCAGUGCAUAGGGACAAGAAGAAUUAUGCGAAGCUGCAGAUGACGAAUCACCACACGCGGAGACGGAAACUCGGCGCCGCCGCGGUGCGGUGUUUUUUGAAGGGGACAAAACGACCGACCGACGAGCCGUUUGUCCUGGUGUACCAGUUUGAAGAAGCCUACGGAGAUAAGCUGCACGAAAUCGAGCACCAUUUUAACGACGAGGGGUCGUUUUUGGUCCUACCGACCGAACUGAACACCAGCAUCCCACGAGAAGCCCUGGAAAAUUCCCAGGGGAACCGCUUCCGCACGGCUCUACCCCGUCCGAGCACGAUCACGCGGGGCGCGAAGGUGGUGAACAAAAAAGGCGCUGCGGGAACACAGCAAGAAGAUGCUGAUCUGGUAACCAAAUGCGUGCGCGCGCGCGCGCAGAGCGCGCGCCGGCCCACGAAGCCGGCGCGCGCGCUCUGCGCGCUUGCGAUAUUGCUUAGCAAACGCAGCGCGAAGGCAGUUGCCGUUACCAUAUAGGGCAACCGCCGGGAGGCGUGAAGGUCAGGGAAAUGGCCAGAAAUGAAGCGGGAGAAGGGAAAAAAAGUGGAUCAGAUGGGAAAAUGGCCAGGAGGUCAAAAAUGUCGCAAAAACGGCAGAAACCAAGCGGGAGAAGGUGGAAAAAGAGCACUUUUGCGGCUUGGCCCACUUAGUAUCUGAAAAAAAGACGGAGUACUUUUUGCUUCGCCCGCUGGGCAGCUGCGUUGGAGAAGCAGGCCCGCGACCUGUCCGGAAGCCUUGGGCCGCUUCGUAACUGGAAAAAAUUGGAAAAAAAUGGCAAAAAGUUGCUUCAUAACGUGGGUGGAAGCAAUCGUCGGAUUUUGUCCAGAUCACCCGGGCCACUUGGAAAAUGGGAAAAGAAGAAAAAUCUUGCAAAAGCGCAAUCCCUCCGCAGGCUUCAAAACUGCCACCCAGGUGGGGGCGGGGAAAAUGUGCAGAUCGCCCGGGCCACUUCAAAACCAGAAAAAAGUGAAAAAUUGCGCAAAACCGCAGUCCCCCUCCAGGCUCCAAGACUGCCAGUCAGCUGCGGGCGGUGAAAAUGUCCAGAGCCCUUCGGCCACCUAGAAACUUGAAAAAAAAGGCGAAAUGGGCGAAAGUCGAGAACCCUCGGCAGGCUUACAAACUGGCCACCAAGGGCGGUCCGGCGGGCGCGUGGUCGCGCCAUAGUUUCGGGAUUGUGAAAAAAAAAAACGCACUAGAAGCGGGCGGAGGGAUGUCACAAAGCCCCCAUUUGCCCUGGUUUGUGGGCACAAAUCCUGCACCUCCGCCGCGUCUGAAUUGCCCGAUUUUGGUGGCCCGGAAGGGACCGCGGAGAUUCGGCUUUCCGCAUACCUUCUUGGCCAGGAGGCCAGUUUGUCAUGCAGGGGGCUAGAAAGGAUGCCCCGUCGCGAAGGUGGAUGGCCACAUACCUUCUUGGCCAGGAGGCCAGUUUGUCACGCAGGGGGCUAGAAAGGAUGCCCCGCUGCGAAAUAGCAGACCGGAUUUCGCCUUCAAUGCUUAUCGCAGGAGCCUGCGGGCCGCCGCGGGCGACAGUAGUUGUCCGUGGCCCUUUAGGGCCGCGGGGAAGUGGUGGAGCCCGCGACCCAAGAAGAAGAAGUGGGAUUCUAAUUAAAAGAAAUGGUGGCGGCUGGUUUGGCUUUCGCGCUGGUUAGAUUUUCGCGCACGCAUUUGGUUACCAAUAUCGCCCUCCGGGCGCGAUCUUCAUAAGAAUUCCGAGAUCAAGCAGUUGGGGUUUUACGGCCGGGGGGACACGUUUCCGGGCUUCAUAGAUGCGUUUGACAAUCCGGUGUACGCGACCGACAACGAACUCGGAGAAUUGGCGUCUCUGGGGAUCCUCGUCAUUGGCAAGUCCGAUGAGGAAUUCGACACGCAUCACGCGGUGCGGCGGUUGCGCACAAUUUUGAGGGAGCUCUCGCUGGUGCAAAUGCCCGAUGGAGAAUUCUUGAAGGUCGUGGAAAACGAGCACGUCUGCAGGCCAGGGCCGGUAAGUGAGUAUAGUUUGGGAAAAGAGUACUACUUCUUCGUCCUCCUACUGUGUUUGAUGACGGCUUCAUCUCGAAGAAGAUUGACAGUAGAGGAAUUGCUCUUCUUCCAGCAUGUAAAUGUGCCUAUUUUUCUGAAAUACCAUGAAAAACAAAAACUGUCAUCGUGCAAACAGACAAAAAGCAACAAACGCAAAUUAUACGAACAAAAAACAAGAACAGCCAAAGUCCUUCACGGGCCCCAUCAUUCCCUUCUCCGGCGUCUACACGCAGCAGGAGGUGGAGGAAGCCGCCGAGCAGCUGCGGCAACAGCAGGAAGCGGAGCGGCUCGAGCAGGAAAGGCUGCGAAAACUCGAGGAAGAAAAGGCGAACGAGUCUUCGGAAUUGUCGGAGUUCGAUCCGGAUGCCAGUUCUACGGACGAAGAGGAAGAUUUCGAUGAAGAAGAUCUUCUCGAGGAGGAGCAGGAAGAGCUCGCGAAAGCUGCUCAAGGCACGGAAUCCGAUGUGGACUCGGAUGACAGUGACUACAAGGAAAGGAAUAUCCGCAGUGAAAACUAGUACUACGUCACCACCCCAUAGUUUUUAAGUGAUGCGAACUCUGUUUCGACGACAAAGAAACGCAAACCCAGGCGCUUGGAUAUUUUGCAGGGCAACUACAUUCGUGUGUAGCUAGAGUCCAGGAGCCGCACUACAAAUCAAGUUUCACUUUCAUCCUAUUAGGAUGAGAAAAUGGCUCUCCUCAUGGUGAGCCGCGCGAGUAGAGAUGAUCUUGGCAUGCAGAUUUACAUAUGCAUGACAAUGAAGGUGUGAUGACGUGUUUACAAAGAAUACGGGAACGGCUCGAGUUGGAGGAGAAGGAGCGGCAGAAAGAGGAGAUGAAAAAGCAGCGGCGAAAGGAAAAGAGGCAACAGCGUGCGGCAGAAAAGGCCGCGAAGAAGAAGAGAAGGGAAGAAAAGUUGGCGCGAAGGGCGCAGUAUGCAUUGCAAAACUAUCGUACUGGUAGUAAUUGCGUUUGCAAACUGAAACUUUUUCUGCUUCUUCCUUGAAAAGUGGAAUUUCAAUUUGUAAAAGUGCUGAAAUUGCUUGGAAACCAGAUUUGCAUUCGUGAUGCAAAAUUGCGAGCUUUUCCAGUCGAGUGCGAUAUUUUUGCACAUGAUACGCAGCGGGCGAAGGACGAGGCAGCGCGGUUUGAGCGGGAGCGGCUGGAAGAGGAGUGGCGGAUCAAAAAUCAGCUGACAUGGUGCAGAUUUUUAUUUGCGUUUUUUUUAUCACCAUCUGAUUCUGAAUUCUGAUGUUUGGAAGUUAACUAAUUUUCAUCAAGAUCAAGCUGAUAAAAUAGUUCCACUUGUUCCUUCACAACACGAACUACGCUCUCGCGUAGAUGGAAACGGAUCUUCAUAUUCGUACCAAAAAAAUAAUCGAGCAGCUCAUAGUACCUACCUCCUCAUUACUUUCCUUGGGAGGCUUGCUUUCCCGUGCCUUCCAAGGUUCCAAGCAGGAGAAAAGUGAAAUAGAAGGUUCGCAACGUGCUUGCUUCGACAUCGUCCUGUGAAGCAGAGCAUCUUUAAACCUUCUCACAAUCUUCAUCUUCUACAAAGUCUAAGGCUCCUUCAAAUGUUGAAAUUCGCUUUCGCUAGCUGGCGGCAUACGCAUAGCUAGCUGCGGCUCUCUCUACAGAAAUACGAAUCUGUGCUACUAUUCUAAAAUUCGCUUGGCCUGCUUGCUGAUAGCAGCGACUCGCUUAGAGCAGUUGCGCCUUCCAACGCUGCGUGGAUCUCACUGUUGAGUCUCCGGACAGAACACGUCGACCAGCAUGCCAGGGUAAUAUUGGCAAUUAGGAGCGAAGAUGAAACAAACAAAGAAAUAUUGAAAAAUAAACUCCUCCAGGUUCGACAAGAUGCAGAUGGCGAUCAAGGCGAAGCGCGAGGAGAAGGAGCGGUUGGUGCUUCCGAUGCUGAACAAGUCCCCGGACCGGCGGUCCUACCACGAACUGGAAGCCCGUCGGGACAUUUACCACGAUCCGGUGGACCCGAACCACCACGGCCUGACGGAGGAGUCGCAGAUGAACAUCUGGCGGGGCCCCCCGAACAAGGUGGACCCGCUGUCCCCGAACCGGCGGCGGAUGGACUUCCGGCGGUUGGAGCAAGCGUAUCCUGAGCAAAAACGUCCCCACCCCAGAGUUGUCAUGCGGAUUUGCAAUGACAGGAACAUUUGUAAUGCGCAUCUACAUGAGAUGCAUUUCCAGUCGUGUUUUGCCAUUUGCAAUGCCAAUGCUGUAAACAGGAUGAGAAGAUGGGUUUGUCAUGCGACUGUCUUUGCUAACACUCACGCUCACCACACUCCACAGACGAACUUGUCAUGCAUGGCUUCCAAAACUCCUGGAUUUGUGUUGCAGAGUUCGCAACUUGACUAUGGGGCGGGGACGUUUUUACUCAGGAUAAAGCGCACCACCUCGCUACGGUCGCGCAGGUCGGGGAGCAGGGGCUUUCUCUGGAAGAAAUCCUGACCGAAAGGGCCGUCGAUUCCGGCGACCAGGCGGCGCUGCAGGGGCAGUGGAACCAGAAGCGGGGGUCGGGCACCGAGUCGCUGUUUUUAACCAGCCAAAUGGAGUCGCCGGACCGGAAGGACUGGGCCAACGCGAGUAGCGAGUUUUGGGACAAGGAGCGGAACCGGAAGAGGGCGAAGUUGAUCCCGUUGCCCGGCGAAGUUGGGUUCGGUGACCCGAACGCGGAAAAAAGGCGGCUGAAGCGGCUGCAGAAGGACAACAAGACCUCGACGGAUGUGACGUAUUCCCUCCGGGAACUGGAAAUGAUGAACUCCGUGCUCGAAGCGUGGAAGUUCAGCCACCCGUGGAAAACGGGAAAGGUUGCCGAACCCGAAACCGGACAGCUGAUGUCGACCCAGAUCAUGGAGCUCGGACCAGGGGUCCGGUUCAAGUCGACGAGCAAAGGCGGCGGGAGGAACAAUAACGAGGGAGAGGAAGAGGAAAACAAUAAACCUGCCGUGAGCUCACUCUCUUUACACACGGUCGACCGCCUCCCGCUGAACGACCCGCCGAUCCGGAUCGGGCGGAUGGGCCGCAUGCUGAACUACGUCCCGACGGAGGAUCUGCACGAGAACGCGUUGCGUUCCCGGUGGGGCCGGGUGGUCGGCUGGGAGCCGAAGCCGGAGGACUUGGCGGACAUCGCAUUUCCCGACCAAUUUGACUCACCGACAAGUCCGAAAGAACGGAUGCAGUUGGGGACGGCCAGGAGGGUGUCCUUGUCCGAGUUCGAGGACGAUGACCAGGGAUCGGUGACCAUGACGGCGAAGGCACGGAACAAGGUGUUUCAGGAAAAGCACUUUGGAGGUGCAGCCGGCGCUGGUGCUGGAGGAGCUGCUUCCUCUGCAGCGAGAGUGAAACCUGCAAAGCCAAAAAGAGGUGCGAACAAGUACAGUUACCUUGCGGAGCUGAAGGACGUGCCGGGGAUCACGGAAGACGGGUGCGUGCUGGUCACGGAAUCCCGGGAUUUCCACCACAGCCGCGUUCUCGGCCGGCUCCAGCCCAACACGCAGCUGUCCUUCCUCCAAAUCGUGGGGUCCCGAGCGCAGAUCGCGCACGUUUAUACCGAAGUGGACAACCCGGACUACGAUGAGGAACUGGAUCUCGGCGACGCGCGCGUCGCGAAGUUAUCGGUGAUUGACAUCGAGGCGGAUAAUUUCUUUCGCGGCGGGUGGGUCUCUCUCGUUCUGUUCGAGACGGGCGAAGCCCUGUUUUCGAAGAUUUUGCCUUUGUCCGAAGUGGAACAAUCAAAGAAAGACAUGGCGCGAACCGCGUUGAAAUCCGAGAUCGACAUGAAACUCGCGGCCGAGAAAAAAGCGCAAGACGCGGCGAACGCGGACCGGAACCUGUCGCAAGCGGAGAUGAUCGCGAAGCAAACGAAGUACAGCGGCUUUACGCGGAAGCAGAUCAUGGAAAUGCAGAAGGAAGCCGAGUUGGAGCGGCAGAACAUCCCCGAGUACGAGCAGGAUCCGAAGCAGCGUGUGUACAAGAGCGAUUUUCAAUACGAGACCGCCGUGCACGCGAACAACAUGGUGAUUAUCCAGCGGGAAACCGUCACCGGCGGUUGGCGGGAGGCGCGAGACGUGAUUUGGAACCGGACCUACUACUUGAACCCGGGGAGUGCGGUCCGGGCGACCUGGGAUCUGCGGGAGGUGUUGCACGACGGGGGUUUGGAGGACUUGCUGAUUUCCCAGACCUGGCACUUGGGCAUCGUCGGCGAGGCCAGCGAGGGGGUCGCAAAGGACGAGUCCUGGCAAUUGGAGGUGUAUCCCCUGCAAAAGUUCGAUACUAUCGCGUUCGUACUACACUUGCAGUUGUACAGCAUCUUCAUAAAAUUUUCUUUUUUGGUGAGUCAGCAUUACUAAUCGCUGGAGAUGAAUUUUUGUAUUGCAAUUUCUACAACUACAACUACAACUAGUGCAAUACUUUUGCAAUGCAUAAGGUGUUUGACAAACCCAUCCGGAACAAAAAGACAGACGACUACUCGCUGAAACUCCCGGGGGAGCGCAUGAACAAGCGGGAGAUCGCGGAGAGGCGGGCCAGGCGGGAGGGUCGCCUCCCACCGGAGGGGGCGGUCAUGGACGAGAACGUAACGCCAACCCGCUUGGUGAAGCAGGGCAGAAUUAUCGUGCUGACGGAACUGAAUCCGGAGACCGGGGUGGCGAAAAUCUUGCUGCCGCAAAUCCCCACGAAGGAGAAUGUGUACGCGUCGAAGGUAUCGAAAGGAAAAAUCACCCCUCCCCAUAUAAAAAUGGCAAUCUGUGAUGCGGGAUGUGUGUAUACAAAUCAGCUUUGUCUUGCAGUAGAGAACUGCAGGUGCAGGCAGAUACAAAGCCCGGAAGAAGCUGGCUAGAGGUGGGCGCUCAGCAUGGCAGACGUCUGCCCUGUUUGCGCAGCGGCGUUACAAAUCCCCCGCGUAAGAAAGCGGCGGAAGCCCUGGCUUGGCUCUCUUGCAAGACAGACCUGAUUUGCGGGCACAGAUCAGCAUCACAAAUUUUCAAAAGAAACCGUUUCGAUAUGGGGAGGGGGGAUUUUUCCUUACGAUAGAAGGAGUUGAUGGAUCUCUGCGACCCCGCGAACUGCACGGUGGGGUACACGAAGGUGUAUUCGUUGGAUAAGCGACCUCUGGUGAAGAAUCUGGUGUUGGACGAACGCGGGACGGCUAUUUCGGGCGUCGUUUUCCUCGCGGAUUUCCCGGAGCGGGUGUUGCUGCCGAUCCAGGAGGAGCAGGACAUCGAAUCAGAAGACGUCGCGUUUCUACGGGGUGGGGAUCUCGUUCUUUUUUCCGUGGUCGCCGGGAUUCGCGCCCGGGUCACGACGGUGCCGAAACUGCCGGGCAUGCCGAUCGAGGAGGGCUGGGUCACGCUGAUGCUGCCGGACGGAAAACCCUUGUUCCGGGAGCAGAUGCAGCAAGACCGGAUAGUCAAGGAGGGGGCGGAAAAACAAGGAAGCAGGUUUUUGUUUUGAUUAAGCUACUGAUAGUAGUUUUUGCGGGCGUGGGCUUAACUCACGUAGAUACGGAUCGGAUAUUAAGUAUUACCCUAAUUCGCCAUGCACGGUGGAUUGAAACUGAAAGUCGCUGCUAGUCGUACUAGGCAGCGUGUCAUUGUUAUGUUGCACGGGGGCCCAAUGCUCGGUAUAGGAAUGGAGGUUUGACGUGACGUAGAGGUAGAUGACGAAAAGCCUAAAAAUUAUGCUCUUCUUAUGUAUCUUCAAAACAGCGUUUCCUCCCACUCGACCUCCACGCAAAUCGAGAAGCAGAUUCCCACCGUCCAAGACGGGUUUGUCCUCCGGUGGGGCGACCGCAUGCGCCUGGCCCCGAACGAGUUGCAGAAGGUUGCGGAGCUCGUCACGGACGAUCACUACCAGGAAUUCAUCAUUCAGGACGUGAAAACGCUGAAAACCCUGUCCCUCCCCUACGAGAAGGGGAAGCACCGGUCGCACUUGCACAUCACGAACAAGGAUCGAGAACUGUACAACAUCGAGCAGAUGCUGAAGCUAUCGUGUGCAAAAGUAUCGUACUCGUAUUAAUUGCAAUCAUGCAUUGCUAAAUCCGCAUUACAAAUUUUAGCUUUCAUUCUGAGGGAAAAAUUUGUCAUGCAUUUGUACGAGUACGAUACUUUUGCAAUUCAUAGAAGUCCGGACGGGGCGAGGAGCGGAAGAUCGGGGUGCAGAAAUUGGAGGAGUUGGCGAGGAAGGAUCUGGAGGAAUCGAGGCAAAAGCGCAUCGAUAUCCUGUGCGAAAGUAUCGUACUUGUAGUAAUUGCUAUCAGGCAUGACAAACAUCCUUUUUUAGGUGAAUCAGCAUGACAAAUUCCAUUUUUCCUUAUGAAAAAAUUUGUUAUGCAAUUUAUACUAGUACGAUGCUUUUGCAAUGCAUAAUCGACAAGUGGGAGCAACGGCGGCAGGAGGAGAUGGCCAAACUAUCCGCGUUGAAUGAAGAGGAAGAAAAAUUAAAGUCCGACGACAUGGCGGACAAAGUGGAGGGCAGACGCGGCGUCGGCGGGCAAUCCGGGGCGGACAAGCUCCAGGAGGCGAAGAUCCAGAACGCGGAGGACGCGGCUAUGGCGUUCUCAAAUGUUACAUUCUCAACUGUUACAUGAAUUCGUAAUGCAAGAAUGGCGAAAGUGAAAGGGGUGACCUUGCGCGUCUUGCAAUACAGGUUUGGUACUACAGACUUAGAUGCUGUCUAGCCCUUCGGAAAUUUGUCAUGCGAAGCAGGUUGAUAAAUCUAGAUGCUGAUGAGGGUUUUGCAUGGCAAAUUAUGUAACAGUUGAAAAUGUAAGAACAUUUGAGAACGCCAUAGCGGUCAAGCAGGUGGAAGAGGAGAACGCGAGGUUUUGGCAGGAAGAAUUUGAAACCGCGCACAUGAAAAGGGAUUACUGGGAAUCGGAUCCGGAAGUCGUGUCGACCACGUACGAUUUGCAGUACCCUAAGGACCGGAUAGAAGACGCGAACGUCAUGUCGUCCCUCGCCAAGGGGUAUCUGAACAAAAUCCGGAAGGCGGCCCUGAAAUUCCGAAUGAAGGCCUUGCCGAUCGAGGAGCUGCCCUACCACGAGUUGGGCGGGAUCGAUGACCGACACCAGGUGUUCCAAACAUUACCCGAGUUAAUGCAAAUUUUGGACCACGGGCGGCAGUUGUGCGAUUGGAAGCUGACGUUCGAUGUGACACCGGCGACGGGGAAAAAACCCUAUUGGAAAAAUCUCUGGACCGACACGCGGGCGACGAUGCAGCAAUUGCUGGCGUCGGGGGCUUAUGCAUUGCAAAAGUAUCGUACUUGCGGAAGAACUUUUUGCAAGACAAAUUUUCCAGAAGAAAAACGUGAAAUUUGUCGUGCUGAUCCAGAUAUAGAAAGCUGCAGUGAUAUGAAUAGAUACUUUUGCAAUGGAUAGCGGUUGGAAGCUGCACAUUGUGACCAACGAUGUGGAGGUGUUCGAGGACGGCACCUUCGAGCCGGAGAAAGCGUGCUAUGGGAUUCUCAAACGUUGCAUUCUCCACUGUCGCCUGAUUUGUCAUGCAAAAUCACUAUGCUAUCACUCUUCUUUCACACGAUCAAGCCUUCUUCGCAUGACAACUUAUCGAUGCGCUAGAUGGCACAGGAAUCCGUCCCAGAUCUGUAAUGCAAGACGCGCAAGGUUUCCCCUUUCACUUUUGCUGUUACUGCAUCACGGAUUUAUGUGACAGGCGAGAAUGUAUAUGUAACGGUUGAGAAUCCCAUACGUGCUCCCGAUUCACGAAGGGGUGCGUGCUGUUAGUGGAAUGGGUGCAGAAUUCGGACCUGCUACCCCCAGGAACAAAUGCAAACGACGGAAAAAACCGGCAAAAUCAGGACGACGUGUGCCGGGUGUUGUGUCCGCCGCUGUACUCUUUGAGGGACGAGUUUGAGGAUGACGACGAUCGGCACGAAAACUGGGUUCCACAGCACGGCUACUGCCCCUUCGUCGGAUUUUUCCAGCCGCUAGCGGUGAGCAGUCAAGGCAUGUUCCGCGCGUCCAUUAUUGACGAAAUGCUGGACCACCCGGGAGACUUUGUGGACGACGAGGAGGUACAGUACGACGAGGACGGCAAUCCGAUACCGAAAGAAGAAAACGAUACAGGCGAUGUGGAAAUGGGGACGACCACAACUGAGCACGACCCCUCGUCUCGUGGUCCUGGUCGUGUUGAUCCAAAUAGUAGUAACUCAGCGCAGGAGCAGCAGCUCCCACCAAACAUCAUCCCACCGGGGGUCCCACAAGAGCAAGCCGGCGGCAGUUCAGCGUCGAACGCCCAUUUGUAUACGGAGGAGAAGCCAAAAAUACAGCCGAUUCCCAAUCCGUACGACCAGCCGAUGGAUUCUCUUUCGCAGCUGAUGAUGAUGAAAGACGGAAGAGAAAUUCCGCAGAACGCGAAUCCGGACCAUUCCCUCGACCCCUCCGCGGUGGUGUAUCGCGUGUGCCCGUUUGGGUCCCACGUCUCGGAUGAGGAAGUGAAUAUCAUUUUGAACAACGAUUUCCGGGCGAGACUCACGGUCGUGAUGAAGCUGUUCCCGACCCGAAAGUCUUGUUUGAGACACACGGAACAGCAAAGGAACAGGAAGACCGGGAAACUGGAGCAGGUGAAGCGGUUUCAGGAAUUCCGGUGGGAUGUCAAUAACAACCCAGAGCACUUUGUGAACAAAGAUUCCAAUUAUUUGGACGAUCCGGAGGAGUGGGAGGGCGCGGCGACCCUGCCGAAGAUUGGAAAUUUGCUCCACGACGACGAAAUCAUCAUUCAACAUGUGGAAGGGCGGUACGCUUACGUGUUGAUCGUGAAGAUGAAGGCGAAGCACGGGUAUUCGGCAAAAUCUGGCUGGGUGGAGCUGGUGGACGAGUUCGGAAACUGCUAUGUGCGGAUGAUCCCCCCCGAGGAGCGGCUGAAGCAAAAAAACCCGUACUUCGACCAGAUGCUGCCGGAAACCCAAAAGGACUCCUACAUCCACAUCAAGGGGGUUUCCCCCCCGCCCACCCCCUCUAUCCAAGAAGAGGAGGACGAGGAGGAGGACGAAGACGACCUCGAUUCCGUGGACCGGGUCACGACCCCGGCCAUGAGCGAGAACGAGCUGGAUGGUUUGGACGUUACCCAGGUGGAAAAGUUGAAGCGGGAGAAGAAAUCCGCUGUGUUAUCCACGAGGAAAGCGGAGGAGGAGCGGCUACGGAAAAUCCAGGAGGAGGCGAUACGACAAGCGUUUUUGGACAACAUGGAGAUGCUGCGGCCGCACAUUUUGCCGAUACUGCUGCAGAUGUCGGAGCUGGUGGACAAACCCGUGCAGCAUUUGUCCGAUUACAAGGAGUAUCAAAUGUAAAAAUGUCUGGGUCUGGAAGAAUGCAAGAUUUGUGAUGCAGGUUUUCCAUGACCCAUGAGGUCUGGAAUGCGAGACCCAGCAUGACAGAUUCUUUGAGGUCUCUACCAUGCCUUUCCUGCAUGAGAAGCUCCCUCUCAACUUGGUCAAAAGCGGCCAGCUUUUGGCACUCACGCAACACAGAUUUUUGCAUCAUUUAGAUUUACCAUGACAAGUUCAAAUCUUCCAGACCCAGACAUUUUUGCAUUUGACAAGGAGUGUCGGGACCCCAUCUGGGGCCGGAAGUACUUUCUCAACAUCUGGACCUCCGAAGUCUGCUACAAUUUGCAGAAGAAGCAAAACUAUCCUGUGCAAAAGUAUCGUACUCGUAUAAAUGCAUUACAAAUUUGAAUUUCCUCAGCAUGAAAAAUGAAAUUUGUAAUGCUGAUUUGCCUUAAGACAGAGAUUUGUAAUGCAUGAUUGCAAUUACUACGAGUGUGAUGCUUUUGCACAGGAUAACAACGUCCCCUUUGUCCGCAUGUUUUUGUCCUUUGUCCCGUCGAACAUCCACAGCGACUUCUUCACGUCGGAUAUCCAAGAAAAAAACUGUGUAAGUGUAACUUUGUGUUGCAGACGAUGCAAGACAGUCACAACUGUCAUGCUGGACAUGCAACAGAGGCACUUUUCGUACGUGUUUUCACAUACUAGCUACGCAUGACAGGUUUUCUCUGUCAUGCAGAGCAAACUUGUGAUGCUGUUCCUCCAAGAAAGUUAAACUUACACAGUUUUUUUCUUGCAUAUCGGACCACAAGGGUUGCCGGAAAACCGCGUACCAGCGGAUCCAGAGGGUGGUGGUGAAUAACUUGGAGAUCAAAUCCGCGGAGGAACACUUGGUGAAAACAAAAAUCGUUUUAGCCCUGCAAGGAGGGCUGCAAGAGGAACUCGGGGAAAAGAACGAAAAGUCUUUAACACGGAAAUCCAAAGACGAGGACAAGAAGCCAGGAACGCCGGAACUCAAGAAACGGGGGUCAAAAGCAGGAGGGACCACCGCGAGUCAACAACAAACGCCGGACAAGGGGGGCGCGAAUAAUAAAACAACGCCCGGCGGAACGAAAAAGGAAGAUGAAAAUCAAAAUGCAUCCGCUUCCAAGAGCAAAGGCACUCCGAAGCAGGAUCCAACCGCGGGUGGGGACAGUAAAGACAAAACCUCAGUAGACCAACAGCAACAGGCACCGAAUUCAGAACAGAAAGCGGAGCAGGGAACAACAAACCAAGAGAAAAGAUCAGACGAGGAAGAGUCCGACUCCGGGGCCGCGUUUCUGAAUUUAAACAACGAAGACGCCUUGCCGGAUUUAGACCCAGAGGCCAACCUCCGGGUGGUGUUUGAAACGAAGAUUGACCUGGGAGCUCUGAACACUUUGUACCCCGCGAGGAGGAACGAGUUGGAGUACCUUUGCGGGGAGGAGCAAUAUCUCCUCCAGGGGCAGUUUCUCGCGGUGUUGGCCGGUCUGCCGGAGAUUAUGCGGUACCGGUUGGAUCCGAAUUUAAACGUCGGAAUCGAGGAACUGAGUUGCCGGUUCGUGGAGUGCCCGCGCUCUCUGCUGUACGAGGAGGCGAAGCAGGAGGCCGCCGCGAACGCACCGCGAAGAAAACACGGGAAGAAGCAGGCGUCCUCGGUUGGCGGGGACACCAGUCCAACCACCGCGCCCCCCUCCACCGCCCGGUCGCACGGGGAUUUGUCUUCCGUGCACGGGAAAAUGCCCGAGGCGCAAGCGCUUGCGUUCAAGGAAGUGACCAACAAUUUGAAGUUCCGCACCCCGAAGGUCUUGAACCUGAGCAAGAAGCCGUUGGGGCUGGAGGGCGCGGUGGCCAUUCAGCAGGGGUUCAUGAACAAGGGGGGCAAAAUUCUCCAGGAACUGUGCCUGUGGGGGUGCGGGAUCGGGAACGAAGGCGCGGAGAUCAUCUUGGAAUACCUGCCCGAGACCUGCCGCGUCUUGUGGUUGGACGACAACGACAUCGUGUCGAUCAGCGACGGGGUGAUCCCCGAGGGAAACUCGAUCGAGGAGCUCUAUCUCGCGAGCAACCGGUUAGGGGGAGGGGAGUCGUUGCCGUACAUCCUCCGGGCCUGCCCGCACUUACAGAUUCUGGAUGUCGCGCGGAACGAGAUGGGGAGCAACCGCAUUGUCCCGGUUUUCGACUUCAUCACGGGCGACAACCACAUCUGCCGACUGUUGCAUUUAAACUGCAACAGCAACAAGAUCGCGAUCAAGUGCGUGCGGCAAUUUCUGGACGAUUGGAACCGAAAACGGGGGGAGGAGCCUGAGUUCAAGUUCGAGUAUCUCGACGUCCGAUACAACCAAAUGGACGACCAGGCGAGGAAAAGUCUCCACUUCCAGUUCACGCAGAAGUCACAAUUCCUAUCCUCCUACGACUGUGUCUUCGAGGUGCUCAACGACCCGUUGGAAGGACUGGAAGACGACGAAGACGGCGCGCAGGCCGCAAAGGCCGCAGUGGACGGAGGUGGCGGGGACAGUCCGGCGGGGGAAAGUGCGUCGGCCGGGGCGGACUCACCGGCUUGAGGAGGGGUGGUGUUGUAGAGGUGCUUGAUUGAUAAUGUUAAUGCGUGGGAUCGCUCGCUAUAACCUCUACGUUAUCUGUAUGAUGAAACCGAACAAAAAAAUCGCAGAUGAAAUAAUGUAAGCUGUAACCCUUUGUUCCCUUUGUAAAAACCUAAACCUCAACAUCUACCUCUUGUUUUUCACAACUACAGGAACGUCGGUCAACAAGUAAGUACAACCGUGCUGAAAAAGGAAACACACUUAAACUUGAAAUUCACACUAGAGCCACUCGCUCACUACCAUGUCGAUAACAACGAAUAUGCUGGUGCUACACGAAACAAUUUAAGAAACAAGUCACACGCAAUUUGAAUUUCAACUAUCAGCUGCAUCAUGAUCAGAUUUCUGAGAUAAUUCGUACGCCGAAAAAAUGCAAAAAACUUCGCGGAUCUCCUUUAAUGUUUCGCUCUGCCUCACUUUCGUGAGGCUUCAAGGACAGUCAGAAUGAAAGAAUCAUGUAGGAUAUGGUGCGAGUGGUCCACCUCCACCUGGCGUUGGACGCCACUGUAUCAGUAGCUUGGUUGGUAGAGCUGCAGAGCAAGGAGCUAACCGGCUCAUCUGCGAGAUCGGAUUAAUGGCAAGAAUGAGUAGGAAGAUGUUGUUCCCCUUUCCCCCUGAAAAGCGAUUUGAUAAGGUCUCCUACGAGCGAUCCAUCCUUAUGAAGAGCGACUACAUGUGAUUGAGAUGAGCAUCAGAUGACAGGACGACCUUGCAACUGAGAAAACUGCAC